UUCAGGAAAAUGGCCGAGGCCAGUAUUUCAGUAGGUCAGGACCAGUUCAUGUGUCCAGUGUGUCUGGAUCUCCUGAAGGAUGCGGUGACUAUCCCCUGUGGUCACAGUUUCUGUAAGGUGUGUAUUAAUGGCUGCUGGGAUCAGGAGGAUCAGAAGGGCGUCUACAGCUGUCCUCAGUGCAGAGACACUUUCACGACAAGGCCUGUUCUACGCAGAAACAACAUGCUGGAUGAAGCGGUGGAGAAACUGAAGAAGACUGAAGUCCAAGCUGCUUCUCCUGCUCACUGUUACGCUGGACCUGGAGAUGUGGAGUGUGAUUUCUGCACCGGGAGAAAACACAAAUCCGUCAAGUCCUGUCUGAUGUGUUUGACUUCAUUUUGUGAAAUUCAUCUGAAACCUCAUCUUGAAGUUCCUGCUUUGAAAAACCACACAUUAAUUGAAGCCUCAGCAAAACUUCAAGAGAAGAUCUGCUCUGAACAUGGUGAAGUGCUGAAGAUCUACUGUCGUACUGAUCAAACCUGUGUCUGUUAUUUGUGCAUGUUGGAGAAACAUAAAGACCAUGAUGCUGUUUCAAUUGCAGCAGAAAGAGCUGAGAAACAGAGUGAGUUAAAGGAGGAGCAGAUGAAAUCCCAGCAGAGAAUCCAGGAGAAGCAGAAGAAGGUGCAGGAGCUGAAACAGACUGUGAACACUAUAAAGCUCAGUGCACAGACAGCAGUGGAGGACAGUGAGAGGAUCUUUACUGAGCUGAUCAGCUCCAUGGAGAAAAAGCGCUGGGAGGUGACGGAGCUGAUCAGAGAUCAGGAGAAGGCUGAACUGAGUCGAGCUGAACGACUCCUGGAGCAACUGGAGCAGGAGAUUGCUGAUCUUCAGAGGAGAGUCACUGAGCUGGAGCAGCUUUCACACACACACGAUCACAUCCAUUUCGUUUUCUGUUAUCUGACUCUGGAUCCCAACACGGUACAUCGUCACCUCAUUCUGUCUGAGAAGAACAGAGCGGUGAGAGGCAGUGAGAGAGAGCAGCGUUACUCUGAUCAUCCAGAGAGAUUUGAUUCCUGGGAGCAGGUGUUGUGUAAGGAGAGUGUGUGUGGACGCUGUUACUGGGAGGUGGAGUGGAGCGGUGCUGAUGUUGUGUCCAUAUCAGUCUCAUAUAAAGACAUCAGCAGGAAAGGACGGGGUAAUGAGUGUCGGUUUGGAUUCAACAAUCAGUCCUGGAGUCUGUGCUGUUCUUCUUUUUCUUCUCUCUCUUUCUGUCACAACAGCAUUGAGACUGAUCUCAGAGUUCCAUCAGCCUCCAGAAUAGGAGUGUAUGUGGAUCACAGUGCAGGAACUCUGUCCUUCUACAGCGUCUCUGACACGAUGAAGCUCCUCCACAGAGUCCACACCACAUUCACUCAGACUCUAUACGCUGGGUUUGGGGUCUACUGGGUUUCUACAGUGAGAUUGUGUGAUCCAGAAUAAAAGUGUGGAGUGUUUUCUGUAAAAUUCCUGCACAUUGCCAAGUUGUUGCUCAGUCAUCUGUUUCACUAGAACACAAUCCAGCUGCACAAAAACACUCAUUUUAAUAUUUAAAUUAUAAAAUAUGCCAAUGUCGUGUUCAUCCCAUAUUCAGCCUGGAUGAUGAUUGGCCCACAGAUAGAACCUUAUAAAUCCAGGUUUAUCUGUGAGUUUGGGAUUUUUAUUCAAAUAUUACAAUCAAAGCUUUGCAGACUAAAAGAUAAGAGCACAGGAGAAUAAAGUUUCCCCCAGUGAUGGAGUUUCUGUGCUGAACUCAUUUUCAGACAGAAGCUUUUAAUACUGAGGUCAGGAUGUCAGCAAGCCGCUGUAUUGAUACGCAACGGGGGUUUUCUCCACU